CUACACACAAUGGGAAGACUAUUAAAAUUCCUCUUUACACUCGAAAAGAAAAGUAUAAUCGCAAUAAUGUUUUCAAUACAGAAAAAUGGCAUGCACCAAAAGAUUUCGAAUUUCCUGAUUCAUUUGAUACUACAAUAGCUGAGCAAACACCAGAGAAGCAAAAAAAAAAUUAA